AUGCUCUCCCGGGACUCAAAGAUCACAAUUAUUGGAGGCGGAGUGUUUGGCCUCAGCACCGCACUCUGGCUCGCGAGAGAUGGCUAUCAAUCCAUUACCAUCUUUGACCGAUGUGCCUUUGAUAAGAACUUCUACGACCCCGCCAACGGUUGCGAUGGCGCGUCUGCAGAUAUCAACAAGAUCUUCCGCAUGGCCUACGGGGACAAGACUGAGUACCAGAAUAUGGCCAUUGAAGCCCGUAACAUGUGGCUGGAAUGGAACAAACAGGUUGCGUCGACCCCCCAGUCCCAACUCCCUGCUGGCCUCAGCCAAGAUGACGAACUUCUUUUGGAGUGUGGUAACUAUUUUAUUGCCGAAGGAUCUGAGCUGCGACAAUUCUACGCUGAAAGUUUGGCCUCGAUGGAGCGGACUGCUCCUGAUUUCCGCAAAACCCAGUUUGUCAGAGGUUACCGUGAGGACGAAGAGCGUCUCGCCAAACUCGACCCCAAGUGGGUGGAGAGAGCAAGCAAGGUCCACGCUAUCAACAACGGCAACACAAACGGCUUUUUUGAUAUCCAAGGCGGCAUCACCGUUGCCGACAAGGCAAAAGCCUGUGUUUUCGCUAGACAACUUUGUGUGAAGGCUGGCGUCAAGUUUGUUCUUGGUGACCCCGAGGGCAAGUUCACGAGCUUCAUCACAGAAAAGAAGGGUCGGGACAAGAAGAUUACUGGAAUCAUGACCGCUGACGGACUUCGUCACAUGAGUGAUAUUGUGAUUGUGGCGGCGGGUCCCUGGACCGCCACGGUUAUCCCCGAGGCACAUCAGACUGUCGAGGCCACUGCAGGUACUGUCAUGUUCAUCGACAUACCUGAAGAUCGCAAAGAUCUUUGGAAGAAGUUCUCGCCAGAGAACUAUCCUGCGUGGUCUUACCGAAAAGGUGACGGAGACAGUUAUUACCAAGGAGGAAGCUUCCCAAUCUCGAAGACAGGACGACUGAAAUUCGGCUUUCGAGGAAAGAAGUUCACUAACUUUGAGGAUCACCCGACAGCACCUGGCUUGCGCAUCUCGACUCCCCGAACCAAGUACUCGGAAAAUCCCAUUGACACCGUCCCCAUCUACGGGCUUUCGCAAAUGAAAGAAGUCAUCUUUGCGUGGAUAAAUAGUGCGACGAUGGCGAACGUUGAAGCUACCCUGGGAACGGCGCCCUGCUGUUCGUACCUGAUGAACACGCCUAUGUAG